AGGACGCCUGGUCUCCUUCCCUGUGGAGCCGGUCCCGCCGGAGCACUCACCCUGAGCCGUCUUGAAUGGCUUGAGUCCCUAUUUGUUUAUUUAUUUGUUUAAAAUGCAUAAGCCGUCAUUAAUUCAAAGACGGCUCUCGUACGGUAUAUUAGACGAACGUUGAAAUUACAACUACAGUAUAUUGUAAAAGAUGAUCCACGCGACAAUAAAACGAAGGGAGCUACAGCAUUAAUAUGGCUCGUAUUACCCUUGAGGAAUUGAAUGAACUGGAUGAUGAAGUCCCCGAUGAAGAUGAUGAACUAAUGGAUGGAGAGGAACAGAACAGGUUGUUUUCUCAUUGGGAGGCAGUAGCCAGCACUCACCAAGUGUCACUCCCUCAAGAGAUGGCUGGACCAAUAGUGCAAAUGACGCGCCAUAACCAGAUGCGAGAGGAUGUGCCCUAUGCUACUUUAUCACAGCAUGAGAAGUGUGAGGAGAUAGCAUAUGAGGAACGGCUAUACCCAGCUGGGAAAUGGGCAUGCAUUACCAAAGGAGAACCAAAGUAUGAGCAGAGCAUCUCUAUGGGUUUCAUGAAACUAAUACGGUACAUCUGCAAGGAGAACUCCCUAGGCCGCCAUUUGGGGAUGACAGUGCCAGUGGUCAAUGAGAUCCACCUGAAUGAGGAGGGCACUGAAUUGCUGCAAGAAGUCAUCACUGCCUAUUACCUCCCUGCAGAAUUUCAGCCUAACCCCCCUCUCCCCAUGGACCCAGACAUCCAGAUCCUAGAGAGAAUGCCACUUCGGGUUAUUGCCAGGGUGUUUUAUGGGACAACUACGGAAGAAACGAUCCUACGGGAGAUUCACCUUCUCUGGGAAUUGCUGGGCUCCACAGAUAAUGUGCUCCGUGAAACCUACAUGGUGGCUGCAUACCAGAACCCUGGUGUCCCUAACCGCCGCAAUGAGAUCUGGUUUAUCCGGCGAGCAGACUGAAAGUGCUCUGAAUUCCUGACAAGAUUACAAUUUAUCUUCCGUGACUGGAUCUGGUUUAGAUGGCAGUUCUGAAGGAGAUGAAUGCACAUCCUUACUGACUAUAGAAUAGAUGAGCCGCUCCUUUCCCUGUGGGUGAACCAAGGAAUGAUAUCCCUUCCUGUGAACUCACAGCCAAGGGAAAAACUAGUACAGAUCUGCCAGAGAUGGUUUCUACCCCACUCCUGCAGGGAGUAGCGUGGGGUUAUGGUAUUUAUUGAUGGAGCUGGCACUGGAAGGAACAAUGGGUGUCUGAUUCAGUGGGCUCUGAGCGCAAUCAUGCCACAAUUGAAUGAAAGUACACUGGGGAUUGUAGCCAUCACUCACUUUUCAAGGGUUAGAUAUCAAUCCUGAAAUGAAUCUGGAGAGCAGGUCUAAAUACCACUGCUUGCAGCUGAGUCUGUAGCUGACAGAUGUGGAUGGCUGCGGCACAGGCCAUGACUAAGUUACUUGUAGAAGGAGGAUUUCACUUCUGAUGUCUCAGAGCAUCACUUUUAGCCAUGUACAUUGAGAGACUGUUAGUCAGCUGAUUCUCCAGCAGCAGAUCCAUUCCUGCAGUCUGAGAUGGAAUAGCUUUAGACUUUCCUGACUGAAAUAAUUUGAACACAUGUCCAGGAACAAACGGGAAAUCCCUGGCAAAGGGCUAUGGCUCAAAGGAAGAUCUGAGAAGUGGAGAUCUCAGAGGCACAUUUUUCUGGCCUAUAGAUCCUCCUGUUUUCCCAAGAGUACUAAAAGAGGUAAAUGCCACCCAUUGACUGCCUCCCGUCUGCCAGCCAACUUCUUGAUCAGGCGGGCCCAAGGGCUUGGUGUGAGCUGAGCAGGCUAUAUGAAUAUGUAUGUAAGUUGUCAAUGGCAGCGUUUUUGUUGCUGUGUGUUGCAUUGUGCAUUGACUGUUUGGUUUCACACUCAUGAAUGCUGCUGUCCUCUCCUGGCAGCACAAAGCAAAUCCAAAAUAAAAUCUAGCUCAACCCUC